UGCGCACCUUCAGUAUACACUGAAUCUCAUUGCGCAUAAAAGUAAUUCCAAUUUUGGGACACAUUUUUUUAACUUUUUAGUGGUAAAGUGAAACUGUUUUAAAAUGAAACUUUUAAAAUACAACUGUACUAUAAAUUCUAUAUCACAAUACAUGUAAAUAUUUCUGAGUACCAUGGACCGCAUAUUAUGGAACUCAGGCUGGGUUUCAAAGGAUCAAUAUAUGUAGGCUAUGGAGAAACAGAGUAGACAGGAGAUAGAUAGAAGUGAUGCCUUUUGCCAUUAAUAAAAUAAAAGUCUGGAAUUUUUAAGAAUUUAAAUUAAACUUAUUUGAAUGAAAUAAUUUACAUAAUAAUAAUAAAUGCAGGCUUUAUAUUAUUCGAAUGUAUUGAAAUUUUUACUAUAUAUCAAAGUCACGUGUAAAAUUAAAAAUCUACUUUAUACUUUUAAAUGAACUUGUAUUUUAAAAGAGUAUACUACCAGAAUUUUUAUGAAAAUACAAUUAUAUUCCACGAAAUUAAGACGUCAUAGAAGUUCAAGAAGAUUGACAGAGUCAGUGAAUUUAAAAUUUGGCUGUUAACAAGAAAUGGAAACAUGUUGGAUUUUCCUGUCCAUUUUUACUUUUGCAUAUGCGCUUCCAGACAUCAUAAGAAUAGGUGGUUUAUUUCACCCUACAGAUGACAAACAAGAAGUAGCUUUUCGAUAUGCUGUAGAAAAAAUAAAUGCAAAUAGAGAUAUUUUACCUAAGUCGCGACUAAGUGCACAAAUAGAGCAAAUAUCUCCACAAGAUAGUUUUCACGCUUCCAAACGCGUAUGUUACUUGCUAAGAAAUGGAGUUGCUGCAAUUUUUGGACCCCAAAGUUCUCAUACAGCUAGUCACGUGCAAAGUAUUUGUGAUACUAUGGAAAUUCCGCAUUUGGAAACUCGGUGGGAUUAUCGUCUCAGAAGAGAAAGUUGUUUAGUUAAUCUCUAUCCUCAUGCAACAACCUUAUCAAAGGCCUACGUUGACCUCGUUAAAGCAUGGGGAUGGAAAAGCUUUACUAUUAUUUAUGAAAAUAAUGAAGGAUUAGUACGUCUGCAGGAACUUUUAAAAGCCCAUGGCCCUAGCGAAUUCCCAAUAACGGUUAGACAGCUUGGUGAAGGACCGAACUAUAGAGAACUUCUAAAGCAAAUAAAAAAUUCUGCAGAAUCGCACAUUGUUUUGGAUUGUUCAACAGAAAAAAUAUAUGAUGUUCUAAAACAAGCACAACAAAUAGGGAUGAUGACUGAUUAUCAUAGCUACCUUAUUUCAUCCUUGGAUCUCCAUUCAGUUGAUUUAGAGGAAUUCAAACAUGGUGGAACGAACAUUACCGCCUUCAGAUUAGUAGAUCCUGAGAAAACACAGACUGUGGUUCUUGACUGGAUUUAUGGAGAACAACGCUACGAUAGAAAACUAGAAUUGGGACAGAGUACUAAUAAGAAUAACUUAACAUUCAUCAAGACUGAAACUGCUCUUAUGUAUGAUGCUGUUUAUUUAUUUGCAAAAGCUCUUCAUGUUUUGGAUGCAUCUCAACAAAUUGAUGUAAAACCAUUGUCCUGUGAGUCAACUGUUACGUGGGAUCACGGAUAUUCUUUAAUUAAUUAUAUGAAAAUAGUUGAAAUGACAGGUUUGUCAGGAAUUAUUAAGUUCGACCACCAAGGAUUCAGAUCAGACUUUGUUCUGGAUAUAAUUGAGUUAAAUACAAAGGAUGGUGUAAAAAAAAUUGGUACAUGGAAUAGUACAAAAGGUGUAAAUUUUACACGUAGCUAUGGAGAAGUGUAUACUGAAAUAGUUGAAAGCCUUCAAAACAAAACUUUUACCGUUACAACAAUUUUGAGUGCUCCAUACUGCAUGAGAAAGGACUCUAGUGUACAGCUGGUUGGAAAUGCUCAGUUCGAAGGAUACAGUGUCGACUUAAUUCGUGAUAUAUCUCGCAUUUUGGGGUUUAAUUAUACUAUUCAUCUUGUUCAAGAUAAUCGCUAUGGAUCUUUAAACAAGGUUACAAAAGAAUGGGAUGGCAUGAUAAAAGAACUUCUUGAACAAAAAGCUGACUUAGCUAUAGCAGAUUUAACAAUAACAUAUGAUCGAGAACAGGCAGUUGAUUUUACUAUGCCAUUUAUGAACUUAGGUAUCAGUAUAUUAUAUCGGAAACCGAUAAAGCAACCACCAAAUCUAUUUUCAUUUCUAAGUCCUUUAAGUCUAGAUGUUUGGAUUUACAUGGCAACAGCAUAUCUUGGAGUAUCUGUUCUACUAUUUAUUCUAGCAAGAUUUACACCAUAUGAAUGGUAUAAUCCUCACGUAUGCAACAAUUAUCCGGAUGUUCUGGAAAAUCGAUUCAAACUAUUGAACUGUUUGUGGUUUACUAUUGGAUCCUUAAUGCGCCAGGGUUGCGAUGUUUUGCCCAAGUUCAGCCCUUAUGAAUGGGAAAAUCCUCAUCCUUGCAGGAGCAAAUCAGAUGUCAUAGAAAACGAUUUCACUCUUCUUAACUCUCUCUGGUUCACCAUAGGCUCUCUUAUGCAGCAAGGUUCUGAUAUAGCCCCAAAGGCUAUGUCGACAAGAAUGGUUGCUGGAAUGUGGUGGUUCUUCACUUUGAUAAUGAUUUCGUCUUAUACAGCAAACUUGGCUGCCUUUCUCACAGUUGAAAGAAUGGAUUCGCCAAUUGAGAGUGCGGAUGAUCUAGCAAAGCAAACUAAAAUAAAGUAUGGUGCUCUUGAAGGAGGAAGCACAGCUACAUUCUUUAGAGAUUCUAAUUUUUCAACAUACCAGCGCAUGUGGUCUUUUAUGGAAUCUGCAGAACCAUCUGUAUUUACUAAAAGUAAUGUAGAAGGUGUUAACAAAGUUGUUAAAGGAAAGGGAAGUUAUGCAUUCUUAAUGGAAUCUACAUCAAUAGAAUACGUAAUUGAGAGAAACUGUGAACUCACUCAAGUUGGAGGAUUACUGGAUUCGAAAGGAUAUGGCAUUGCUAUGCCUCCGAAUUCGCCAUACAGAACUGCUAUAAGCGGAGCAAUAUUAAAGCUUCAAGAAGAAGGUACAUUACAUACAUUGAAAACAAGAUGGUGGAAGGAAAGAAGGGGAGGUGGUGCUUGCAAAGAUGACAUUUCCAAGAACAGCUCUGCUGCUAAUGAACUUGGCUUAGCAAAUGUUGGAGGGGUAUUUGUCGUUUUGAUGGGCGGUAUGGGCGUAGCUUGUGUUAUUGCUGUUGGCGAAUUUGUUUGGAAAAGUAGAAAAGUGGCAGUAGAAGAAAGGAAGCAAAAGACGUCAGGGAUGCCAAUAUGCGAUGGAUUUACCGAUCUUCACUAAUUGGUUGUCUGAAAACUUAUCAAAUAUAAAAUUGAAUAUUGCAUGAACAAUGAAAAAAAGAUUGAUGAUCAAACCGAUUACAAAAGUCUAAAGCUCGAUUUAGUGGAAGGGAACUACUAAAUAUAUAAAACUAUUUAUAAGAAUAAUAUGAAUUUGUAAUUAUAGGUUAAUGUAAUAAUAAAUUAUUAAGAAACAUA